AUGGUCUCCUUCUCGAACCUCUUUGUGGCCGCUGCGGCUUUUGUCAGCGUCAUUGCCAGCCCUACAGGCAGUGACGUCGUCAAACGUCAGUCGACGCCGAGCUCAACCGGCUAUCACAAUGGAUACUACUACUCUUGGUGGACCGACGGUGGCUCCCAAGUCACUUACACGAACGGAGCUGGCGGCUCUUACAGCGUCAACUGGGGCGGAGGAGGCGGCAAUUUUGUCGGCGGCAAGGGUUGGAACCCUGGUGGUUCUAAGACGAUUGAAUACUCGGGAACUUACAACCCCAAUGGAAACAGCUACCUUGCUGUGUACGGCUGGACCCAGAACCCGUUGAUCGAGUACUACAUCAUCGAAUCCUACGGCACGUACAACCCUGCUUCCGGUGCUACGAAGAAAGGCUCUCUGACGAGUGACGGCGGAACCUACGACAUCUACGUCAGCACUCGCGUGCAGCAGCCUAGCAUUGAAGGCACGGCAACAUUCCAGCAAUACUGGUCCAUUGUGUCGAACUGA